UUCACGAGAAAAAAUAAGUUACAUACAUUAUGAAGAGGCCGACCUUGUCUUGCGCAUUGACGGGGCUGUGCCUCGUGCUGGGGGGGCUCGCCCAGGGCCCCACGAUCGGGCCCUGCGGUGCCCCCAACACGACUGAGAACUUCAACGGCGCCUACAUUAGUAAGCUUGAUGACGACGAUUACCUGGUGUUGGUGUCGGAUGGUCAGCUGUUAUACGGAACGCAGUUGAAGUUUUUUCCAAAUGGAACUUACAUCCAUACGUACAUCGAUCGGGCGGGGCGGUCUGCUCAGCACACAGGAGAGUACCGCGCGCAGGCUCACGCUGCCUCUGCCCCAGCCACCAUAACGCUGCACUCCCUCCCCGCUGCGGCAUUCGGAGGUGGAUCUGGCUCUGUAACGUUCAGCGUUAUAAAGGCCGAGGACGGAGCUCUCGAAUUGAUCUCCUGCAUCAGUGAGGGCCUUCUGCACCGCGAGAACCGACACGUUCUGAUAUCCACGACGCUGCUCCGCUCAAUAAUGAAUGUGGGGCUCCGUGAGGUUUUGCGAACAGGAAGCGAGGUUACCGCGAGUCCAAGACAGAGCAUUUUUGAUUACAUUUUGGGGGUACCAAAAGCCGUACUCAGUGCUAGCUUUGUGUGCCUGUACAUAUUGUUUGGUAUGGGAAUUGAUCAAUCGAAGACUUGUGUUUCAUUUUUUACAAACUUUGCAAAAUCGACGAUCUUCCCACCAUCGCCACAAGCAUUGUUGUACUACACCGACCCGGCAGUUUCCCAUUCAGUUCCCACAUUAUCGUUGCCGCAUUACCCUGUACAGCAUUCCGGUAUAGUGCAUCCCUCAACACAUCAUUAUCACCUUAGCCCUUCACCCGCUCCAGAAGUAGUAAGUGUUCCAUACUCCGCUCAACUUCCUGUGUACUUUGAGAAUCAUGCGCAAAAUGCGCUCGCUAAAAGUCCCAUAAUUACAGGCAAUCCAUUUUUGGGGCAAUACAACAUUUUCUUCCAUGGUUAAAAAAUCUUUGUGCAAAAAUAGUUAAACAGUGAACAGUGAAUAGUUUUUGGGUUAAUGGUUUGUUUUUUUAAAGGGUUUAGCAUGUAUACAGUGGUAGAUAAUGAGAAAGGGCAUUAGCUUUAGGAUUAGCCUAUAUACAGUUUAGACAAUGAGAAGGUGUUUGUUA